AUGUUCAAACUGUCCUUUAUCUCACAGAUCUCUGACCUGCCACGUAGUGCAGUUACCUGGUGUGAAAGAGAUAAAGCUCAAAUAAAUAACUACCGUGAUCUUUGCAAUAUUUAUUUAAAAGGAGUCGAUUUCCCUCAGGAGCUAGCCAGCUGCUGUCACAGAUCAUGUGCAUUGCCAGAGCACAAGCUUAUUUUAGAUAAAUUAUAUCAAACAAUAGUUAAUAUUUUAUCUGAGGCUGCUGUAUCAACUCAAGUGAUAAAGCCUAGGAAAUGUAGACAAAAUAAGUUAUAUGGUUGGAAUAGACAGGUUCGAGAGGCUCGCUUGGAGGCUCGGCUUAGAUUCAAGUCCUGGUUAUUUAAUAAUCGACCUUCUUCAGGGGCGGUUUAUGAACAAAUGUGCCUUUCUAGAAAAGUUUUCAAGAGUCGCCUGAAGUUGGCUCAAAAUAACCAGGAGCAGAUCAAAAUGGAUUUAAUAGCUGAGCAGAGAGACAACAAAAACUUUGUUUAA